UCAACAUAUUAAUAUAUAACAAAUUUGAAAAUAAAAUAAACAAGACAAUAUUAACAAAACCAGACAAAUCUAUUUUUUAUUUCUCAAUAUAAGAAAAUUAUUUUUCUCAUAAACAUCCUCCUCUCUCAAUAAGCAAGAUAAAGCCUUCACUAGUAAUAACAACAGCAGGACUGGGGAAAAACUCAAGUGUAUCUCUUUUUUUUUCCCCAUGUUUUUGGAAAAUAAUAACAUACAAAGCCAAGUAGUCUGUGAUUUUCAGAAAGGGAGAAAAACAGUCUAUUUUUAAAAAUUAUUUGUCUUAGUUGUAAACAGCAUGAUGACACUGAGUGUACUUCAGCUACUUUUUAAAAAGCUGUACUUUUAGCUGAGUAACAUGCCUUUAAAACAUGACCCAUGAUCCAUUAUGGACUCAAAUAAUUGUAUCUUGCAAGUGCAUCACAAUACAAUGAGUAUUUAGUUUUGUUUCCUUUGGCAGAGCAUGGUCUUUCUCACUUCCAGUGGUUUCAUAGAGUGCAGAAACAGAGGACAGUCUCCCCACCGCGCCCAGAAGGGAAUUAUGGUCUUUCCAAGUAUUCAGCCCGAUCUAGUUUUCACAAAGGGUUAAACUCCUGCCUUCCAAGAAACAUGAACAUGUCAAAGGCCCACAAGCAGAUACUGCUCUGCUGGAUGUUAUUCGAGGUAGCUUUAUCAACUACAAAUACAGAUAACCACCUGCAAUAAUUCUUUUAGUAUUAUUUAAACAGUUUGUCUGUCUCUUACAAUGUCAUCCAUUUUAACUGCUCUUUAGUUCUUGUAUCAGGAAUAUGCACAGCUUUAAAAAUUACAUAAUGAGAAUUAAACACAUAAAUACAAACAUAUCACUGAAGAUGUUUUCCUAAAGUGAUACCAGUUUUGUUUGCAUAGCUAUUAUAGUUGAGCGCCUAUUUUUCAAGAUUUGCAACUUGCAAAACAGGCUGAAAAGCACAGGCUGUGUUUACGUGCUUGCUCUGUCUUGUGUUUCUUAUGCAGAAAUCCAAAUUCACAAGCUGUGCUAAUGUUGAAAACAUUAGUGCAGUUGAGUAUGUGUGUUCAUAAAAGAACAGCAGAGACUUCUAUGCAAAUAGGGUAUUAUGAUUACUUAAAGUCCAAUGUAAAGAAUUAAAUAGGAAUGGUGAUUGGUACCAUUAAUGUUGUCUCAGAUUGGACAGAAAGAUCUGACUUUCAUCUCUGUGUAAUUAUCUUUGCUGGAGUUUGACCAUGCCACCAAGGAGACAGUCUCUUGUUCUUGGAAAAGGAAAAAAAAAAGAGAGAAAGAAAAUUAAGUGAAUACAGAAGAUGUACAAAUGGUAGCACUGGAUAUUGCACUAUGAAACAAGUGCAAAUUGAGCUUGUACUCUCCAAGACUAGCAAUAAUUACACAUUCAGUAGGUUGGCAGAAUUUAAACAUCAGACAAGUAAUUAUUGAGAGGGCAACUGCUAUUAUUUGAUUUGCCCAAGUUUAUUCCCUCAGUGUUCAACAGAAGGCCAUUGAGUGAAGACAGUGUAACUCCGCGGUGUCCCUGGAACCCCCCAGGUGUGGUGCGUGAGCUCCCCUGAGCACAUGCAGAACACUGUUCAGGGUUCCAAGUCUGGUGUUUCCCAUGCACCCAGGGAGGGGCCAACGCACGUUUAUGGCGGGGAAAUGACUUCAUGAGCUGUGCUGAUUCAGACCUGACUCACAGUGAUGCCCUGUGGCGGCAUUAGCUGUCCACGUGCUGGGGAUGCUUUGUUUGCACUGAAAAACGGUCACUCUCAUGGAGGCCUAGCACUGUCCACUUGUUAACACACCGUCAGUUCUGCUCCUCCACCAGGAGCUGAGGACACCCCCACCCCGUGGAGCUGCAGCAGGUAGGAGCGCACCGUUCUGACGCGAGGGGCUACACGCUGUAUGAACAGGUCAGGACCGCAGCUGCCUAGGCUCCUGCCGAGGCUCAGCGGAGCGGUUAAAAGCGGUUAAACCGCCGCUGCCGCCCGCACAGGAAGCACGAGAGGGCAGAAAGGGCAAAAGGCCGGCCGGGCAGCGGUCCGCGAGGCCGCCUCUAACGGCCGGGCGGGCCCAACGGCCGCGGCUCCCCCCAUCGCUCCGCCCGUCGCGACUGUGACGACAACACCGCGCGCCGGGCUGCGGGAGUUGGCGCGAAGGCGGCGGGGGGCGGAUGGGCGGCAUGGAGCGGGAGCCGGAGCCGUCUCGCUAGCGAGAUAAACCGCCGCGGGCAGCAUGGACAUCCGGAAAUUCUUUGGUGUUGUGCCUCCUGGAAAGCGACAAGAAUGUGAGACCUUGAAAAAGCGUGAAAAAAUUAAAAAUGGUGAAGAACCCUCAAGUGGGAAGAAAAAAGGAAAGGAGGCUAAGGUGAAUAAUUCACCCAGUGAAGAUGAUUCCAAACAAAAGCGGACAAACAAGAAAAGGAGAAUAAUAUAUGAUUCAGAUUCAGAAGAGGAGGUGCAGUCAGCAAAAAAGUCCAAGAAGCCAUCUGAGAAAAAAGCAGUUACUUCAAAGCUUGGUAAAGUUCUGAAGCGGGAUCCUGUUGUUUAUAUUUCAGAAACAGAUGAAGAAGAUGACUUUGUCAAUAAAAGAAUUUCCCUGAAACCGAAGGAGAAUGGGACAUCAGCGACCAGUUGUCCAGGAACAGCAACAGUGAAAAAGGAGGAUGUAAAACCUCAAGCUAAAAACAAGCCAUUAACUCCAGUGAAACAGACUCCCACCUCAGCACUUGAUUACUUUGGGACAAGUAGCGUCCAACGAUCGGAAAAGAAACUGGUAGCAAGUAAAAGGAAAGAACUUUCACAAAGCAGAGACAGCACCGCAGAUGAUGAGGCCAUUGCUAGGCAACUGCAGCUUGAAGAAGAUUCAGAGCUGGAGAGGCAGCUGCAUGAAGAUGAAGAAUUUGCUAAAACUUUGGCCAUGUUGGAUGAAACACCGCAGAAGAAAAAGGCUCGGAAAGAUUCAGGAGGAGAGCAAUCAGUGUCGAGCAUCAAGAGCAGUCCUAAAGUGGCAGAAGGAUAUAAGCAGUCGGAAAGAGUGAAAACAACAAACUUAGCGGACGAAGCAAUGAAUUACACUGCAAAGCAGCAAACGGAAUCUGAUCAUUUAAAAGGGUCUCGAUUAUCCCCACAGUCAUCUGGUGGUAAAAUAGUAAGAGAGUUGACAGAUAAGACCUUACCUUUGAAACCUAGCUCUAAGCUUGUGUCUCUGAAACAAAAAGAAGAGAUUGCUGAAAAGGAAAGAGCUGCUCAUACUUCAGUAUCAAGAGAAAAAACUGCUUCAGGGAAACAACAGAAGACAACACCAAAGAAGGAGAAAAUUUCUCCCAAGAAGGCUGAGUCUGUAAGUCCUGAGGACUCUGAGAAGAAGCGAAACAAUUAUCAAGCCUACCGAAGCUUUCUUAAUCGCGAGGGUCCAAAAGCACUGGGUUCCAAAGAGAUACCUCAGGGAGCUGAAAAUUGCUUGGAAGGCCUGACAUUCGUAAUUACUGGUGUUCUGGAGUGUAUUGAAAGAGAUGAGGCCAAGUCCCUGAUUGAACGUUACGGAGGAAAAGUAACUGGCAAUGUCAGCAAGAAGACAAACUAUCUGGUUAUGGGGCGAGACUGUGGCCAGUCCAAGUGUGAGAAGGCAUCGACUUUAGGGACGAAAGUUAUUGAUGAGGAUGGCCUGUUUGAUCUUAUUCGAACUAUGCCAGGCAAAAAGUCCAAGUAUGAGCUGGCAGCUGAAACAGAGGGAAAGAAAGCAGAGUCGAGACCUAAAAGGACACCACAGAAAGCUGAAGCUGGAAAAAGGAAUUUGAGCCCCUUCAAAAGCGAAGCUGAUAAUAAAAAACAUAAGUCUACUCCUGAAAAAAGAGAUGCUGUCAAACCUGUUAAGAAGGAAGCUGUUCGAAAACUUAUGGACUUUAAACGGCAAACUGUAGAGAAGAAAGAAGCCCCAGAACCUCAGGGGAACUUGGUUUCUGAGAUUAAGGAAGAUGGAACAGAGAAAUUGUUAUGGGUAGAUAAAUACAAGCCUGUAACUCUCAAGGCAAUAAUUGGACAGCAGGGUGAGCAAAGCUGUGCCAAUAAACUGCUCCGGUGGCUCCGAAACUGGCACAGGAAUGCCUUGGGAGAUGGACAAGCAAAGACCAACAAAACUGGAGGCAAAGAUGAUGGUACUGGUUUUAAAGCAGCGCUACUUUCUGGUCCACCUGGAGUUGGUAAAACUACUACAGCUUCUUUGGUUUGUAAGGAGCUGGGCUAUAGCUAUGUGGAGCUGAAUGCCAGUGACACUCGCAGUAAGAACAGUCUCAAGGAAGUAGUUGCUGAAUCACUUGACAACACCAGCAUCAAAGACUUCUGUUCUGGCACAUCCUCAUCAGUUAGCGGGAAACAUGUGUUGAUCAUGGAUGAAGUGGAUGGUAUGGCAGGCAAUGAAGACAGAGGAGGGAUUCAGGAGUUGAUUGGUUUGAUUAAACACACAAAAAUACCCAUCAUCUGUAUGUGUAAUGAUCGCAACCAUCCUAAAAUGCGUUCCUUGGUCCACUACUGUUUGGAUCUUCGUUUUCAGAGACCUCGUCUAGAACAGAUUAAGGGUGCUAUGAUGUCUAUUGCAUUUAAAGAAGGUUUAAAAAUUCCACCACCUGCUAUGCAAGAGAUAAUCCUGGCAGCAAAUCAGGACAUCAGACAGGUUUUACAUAAUCUUAAUAUGUGGUGUGCAAAAGAUAAAUCGUUGACUUACGAUGAGGCUAAAACGGAUGCCAGCAAAGCCAAAAAAGAUAUCAAACUGGGCCCUUUUGAUGUUGUCCGGAAGGUUUUUGCUGCUGGAGAGGAGGCUUCUCGUAUGUCUCUUAUAGACAAAUCGGAUCUUUUCUUCCAUGAUUAUUCCCUUGCACCUCUCUUUGUCCAAGAGAACUAUGUACAUGUGAAACCAGCUGCUGCUGGAGGAGAUCUGAAAAAGCACUUGGUGCUCUUGAGUAGAGCAGCUGAUAGCAUAUGUGAUGGUGAUAUAGUGGACAAACAGAUUCGUAGUAAGCAAAACUGGAAUCUUCUUCCGACACAGGCUAUUUAUGCAAGUGUUCUCCCUGGGGAGCUGAUGAGAGGAUACAUGUCCCAGUUUCCUGUCUUUCCCAGCUGGCUGGGGAAAUUUUCAUCCACAGGCAAACAUGAUCGUAUCAUUCAAGAACUGGCAAUGCACAUGAGUCUCAGAACCCAGACGUGCAAGCGGACAGUGAAUAUGGAGUAUUUGUCGUAUUUGCGGGAUGCGCUUGUCCAGCCCUUGAAAGACUUUGGAGCAGAUGGAGUACAGGAAGCUAUAAAGUUCAUGGACUCCUACUGCCUGAUGAAAGAAGAUAUUGAAAAUAUCAUGGAAAUAAGCACAUGGGGGGGCAAACCCAGUCCUUUUUCAAUGUUGGAUCCUAAGGUCAAAGCGGCUUUUACACGUGCCUACAACAAGGAGGCACAUCUGACUCCAUAUUCACUUACUUCUGUCAAGACAUCUAAAAGGCAGUCGGGAUCUGUGGUGACCUUAGAACUGAAUGAAGACUUGAAUGUGGAAGAGAUACAAUCUGAAGAGGAUGAGCAAGAUACUGUUGAAAGUGAUGCAAUGAUUAAGCAAAAAAAGGCGAAGUCUUCCAAGCUGCCAAAAAGAGAGAAAAAUGAAGAAACGACAAAAAAAGAAGGGAAAAGGAAAGAGAAAACAAGACAUUAAACAGAAUAAAAUCUUCCUCUGCUUAUCUAAUCUAAAGGCAGCUUUGCUUAUCUAUUUUGUCAGAAACAUGAAGCAGAUCAGUGAUGGAGCUGGGAAAGAAGAACCAGUGCAUAGAAAAUGCUCCUCUUAUAGAGGUGAUGUAGCUACUGUACUCUCACUAUGCAGUGCUGUACUGAAUGUGUCACAAAAUUACAAGCUCUAUAUACCUUGUACAACACAGACCAGGGUGCAGGAACACGGUGAAAAUGGGAUGCUUAGUUACCUGGCAUUGAUGUGAUGUCUUCCUAGGAUGUCACUUUUUUUUUAGCAAAUCCCCUGAUAUGAUGUGGUGAACUCUUGUAAAUAGUACAUGAUGCAAAAAAUCCCCCAAGACCUAAAUUGCAUAUUUGUACAUUAUAGAAAUUAAGCAGUGUAUAAAAUGAAAAUAAAAUGUUUCACAGGAGUCUUUUAAAAUUUGGCUAAGUUCAUAGAGUGUUCUGUCUCUCCCUCUCUUUUGUUCCAAGGUUCUAGCUUUCCUGCCUGUUCAGGAUGUGGUUAUAUUCUUUUCCUACAACUUUGCUUUUGUCCUGUUAAAGACACAGAAAAGCAGGGAGAUAUUUAGUUCUAAAACCUGAGGAGCCUGUGCUUAUGAGUUGUGUCUUUAAUCAAAACCAGAAAGGAAUACUUAGAGUAAGAAAUGUUUAACAGAAAAUAGUCAUAAAAGUUCAAAACUGGUGUUGAAAAAGAGAAUGUUUGGGGUUUUGGUUUUGCUCCCCCCCCCUCCCCCACCACUCAAAUAACCCAGAACACCCCUGGGUUUGUCUUUGGAGAUAAAAUGCAAAUUUUGCUUGGUGAGAAGAAUUAUCAAUUGGUUUUAUUACUAUAAUAAAUCAAAGUACAAAAUUUAUCAAAAGCUAAAUAUUUACAGGCUAUCACAAAAGAGAAGCCACAUGGUAGUUGUUAUUAAAUCCUAGUGGGGAGAUAGGUAUAAUGUAGUGAUGAGGCUUGCUUUGCUGCUUGCCAGCCAACACAUGCAGUUCUGAAAAUAAACAAGCCAUUAGUCAUAUCCCAAGAUACAAAGACUGUGAUAGCAAACUACAAGGUUUUCUCAGACCAGAAAAAAGUAACUGACAAAAAUAAGGUUAUUAUGAGAUAUAUGAAGUACAACAUCCCUUGUGCGUUACUUUGACCUAUAUCUAAGUUUUCACAUAAAGUGUUUCCACUAGUAACUGCCUUCAAAUGUCAACAGUAUGAAGGAGCUUUGUUAACUCAUUUUCAGUUACCAUUCCUUUCACAAAACUGAAGUCUUGGAUUUAAGGGUAUGGUGCAAAUGGAGCACUGGUCUUGUUUGAAAUAGUAUUUCAAGCCAAUACUAUGUUGCUGUUACCCUGUGAUAUAUUCUUACAUUCUGCUAAGCAUAGAUGCUAUGAUCAUGUAAUCUACAUUUCAGAUCUGCUCCUUCCUGUUAUCAUCUCUCUUCCUACACUGAAACACUUGUUGCUGGAUCUGUAAAAGGAUUUGAUGAUGCUGAUAUAUUCAAACUGUUUUCUGUGCAACUGAAGCACACCUGGUGUUCAAGGACAUGUUCCAAAUGAUAACAUGACCAUAGAGGUAAACUGGUUUGAAGCCUCCCAACUGGAACGAUUUAACAACCCAGUUAGGGACAGCAGUGAAAGCUACUGGUGUUUGCGUGCCUGGGGGGAUGGAGCUGAGUGUCAGUUCACUGAGGCACAGGCCCAGGCUCUGAGAGUCUUGAACACUCUGUCUGCCUUGCUGGGAAAAACUCCCCAUGUUCUCCAGAAUGAGAAGUGAAAAGUACAGGCUCCAGCACAUACCUGAAUUUAUUAGUCCCCAUCUUCUGGUUUGAGGUACUGUGUGCAAUCAUUGAUUUUCUUUAGAUCAAUAAUGUUAAUCCUUUUGGAACACAUUGGACAUACAUUUUCAGUCUGUAACAUGCUGUUAUAAAAGAAGGGUGACUGGUCAAAUGAUAAUUCCAACAUUUUCAAAGGAACAGCUUGGCCUGAGGUAGAAAGCACAGAGCAAUGUUCUGACCUAUGCUACGUAACAAAUACGGGCCAGAGCAGCACCUGCUUCUGUCCAGGCAGUGCAUAGGCUGGUUUGUUCGUUUUUACCAUUUGACAACUAACAGCACAGCCGGAAGGCCGCUGGUGGAGCUGAGUUUGUUCUUUAUCGUAGAUUAUGGUCCACCCUGGAGCGAUUUUCUGUAUGUUAGAUAAAAUUACCAAGGAAGGGGAUUCCUCUUCCACCCUACCCCAGGCUGUUACGUAUUUUUAGUACCAAAUGAAACAGUUUGCUGCUAAAAUAAGAACAAACAUUGGAAUCCUGCAAGGGAAAACAAAUCUCAACUUACUUCUUGAAUUCUGAAUAGAGGGCGGGAAAGUCACAGUGCGGGCAGACUGUCCAGUCAUCUCGUACCAUGUGCCGACCCUGCACGCAAAAGCCACAAGUAAUGAAAUGGCACGUGCUCUCAGUACACUGGGCAUUUAGUUUUAUAGCUUCUAUUGUGAAAAAGUCUCGGUAACCGAGUUCUAAAAGUCUUGAGGAAUUAAAAAACCAAUACCAUAAUAGCAUUACAUUUGUUUGAUUACUGUGUAAAUCCUGUAACUACAAAAGGAGUCUUGGUGAGAUGCAGUAUUUAUCACUUGUGUUCUUAAAAAAAAAAAUCUAAGAUGUAUUGAAUUACAAUUUUAAAAAUUAUUUUAGUGUGGCAACUCCAUAAUGUUUUGUGUUGAUCUAUGUCUAGAGGUGAGUGUAAGCCCAGUGGGGUUUUUGAUGUUGCAUAUGACAUUAAAAAACCACCCCAAAGCCAAAUGACCCUAGCCCAGUAGGUGGCAUUCAACACUGUCACAUUUGUGAGCAUAGUGACUGCCUUACACGCACCUCUCUGAACAGGAAUUAUUUCCUUUACUAAUUUGGUUUUGAUACAAAGAAUUGGUAUGUACCUUAUCACUACUACAAAACACAGCAGCACCUUCAACUAUAUUUAGCCAUCUAUGUUCUAAUAAGAUGUGCAACAGUAGACUGUUUUGACACUCUCAUAUUUGAGAAUGCUGCAUUCCUAAUGAAGUUACAAAUACUUGUGAGUCUAAAUAAAUAAUGUGAAAUAUCUAUGAAUAUGUACAUUAUGUUUGGCCCAUAAAACUAUAUUUAAAGGCCUUGGGGUUUUUUGUUAAGGUACUUCUAAAAUAGACCAGUCAUCUUCUGCUAAACCAAUAGAGUAAAAAACCAGAUAACUGCUAUUAAUAUUUUUUGUAAGAUGUAACUAUUAUUUAGUUUUAAUAAAGAAUGCUAACUCCAA